UGCGGGUUUAGAUUCCAAGGCAGCGCUCAUAAACGUCGCCGGGAUCUAAUAAUGAUCCUAUUCACGACGUUUAUUUGGGUUGUUAGAUGAGAUUUCACAGCCACGCUUUUUUUCGUCGUCGGGAUCAAAUAUAUUCACCGUUGGGAUCCGGCAAAAUCAAGUCCACCAUGCCCUAGGUCCCGUCUGCUUCCUCGAUUUUCCUCCUCCUUCUGCCUCCACCAUCGGACUUCUAUAAGUGCCCUAAAGACCUUCUACUGCCUUAAAUAUCCUUAUGGAUGCCAUCGAAACCCGUAUAUAAACCGACUCCAGGCGCUAUUUCCAUUCCAAAAUGGAUACUAAAACUAAGCAUGAGGGCUCGCUUCCUUGCCACCGACUACUUCGCCUCCCAUUCCCGGAUCAAAACCCUGAGAGACUAUCAAUUCCUCCCCCUUCCGCUGCAAAAUCUACCCCCUUUUGAUCCUCCUCUAGGCAUCGAGAUCCCUUUCUUCGAUCUCGAUCUCUGCUUUCCUUCCGAAAUCUAUGGAUUUCUGAUCGAGAAUGCCCUCUCUCAGUUCCUCUCGGAUGUUGUCCCUCGAUUUCUUCAUGCUGGAGAGGGAACCUCCAUUGAUUCCAGCUCUCGGAACAGAAAGCUGGAGCGAUUUAGGUCUGGAUUGGCCAAGAUCGGCGUAUCUGAGAGAAGAGAUGAUGACUCCUGGGAGGAAGAGAACCGGGAGAGUUGGGAGUGCUCCGAUGCUGGAGCAGAUGCUGUUGAUGUAUUAGAUCAAGUAGUGGAUUUUCUUCAUGAAGAGAAGACAGUAGAGAAGUGUUCAGAUUCUGUCACUAAAACUCCAGUGAGAGAAACUAUGAGCUCCUGUGAAGCAGAGGAAGCUGGAUUCUGCUUUGAACUUCUAAAUAUUAAAAUUCGUCUGGAUAAUAUUGACAUUGAAGUUGGAGUAACAAUCCCACAUCCCAUUACGGUUGCAAAGUCAUUUUUUUCAGUGGAAGAUAUUUCUGCCAGACUCAAUGAUGAUCAGGACACAUUUUCUGUUAAACAUGGUAGCUCCUCCCUAGACAGGACGUUGAAUCAGUGUUCCAGAUUACCCCAAUUUGAGAUUUGCAAGAACAGUUGAGAGCUUGAUGACAGUAUUUCCACUAUAGAAGCACUCAUACUCACCGAGAUGGCAGCUUUGUACGAGAGGAUUGUAGAGAUCUGAUCGAUAUGACAAUUAUGCUUAUUGUAGAGCAUAUCGAUGGACUAUCAUCAUCUAUGGAGUGCAGUUGCAUCGAGGCUCAGGUGUUCACUGAGCUUAUGGGACCAGAGCAUUAUGGUAUAGUGAGGGGUUAUGGAGUUGGAGUCACUUCCACUCAGUUGUCUGCAAUGUGCAGAUAUACUCAGAAGUGUAGACAGGACAAUAGAAUUGCAGAGGUCUAUAAGCUAGAGAUAUGAUACAGGAGAUGAGUCAGCGACAUGAUCUACGGAUGAAGAAGUUGAAGCAGAGCUAUCAGACAGAGAUAGUGUUAUUGAGGACUCAGGUAGAUCAGAUUACAUCUUUUUUACAUGGUAUUCCCCCGCAUCAGGUAAUUA